AAUGCCGUUUGGUAAGGUGAAAAUUUGCUAAACUUAUUCAGUUCGAUGGGAACCUCACGUCCGUGCAAAUCGAUCAUGUGCAUCCCCUUACUGUUGUUGGCCAUUGGAUUCUCCUCCGUUUUAUCCAUCGCAGGCCAACCGGAGGGCAGGAUAAUCAAUGGCACCACGGUAGACAUAGCCCGGCAUCCGUAUCUCGUGUCCCUUCGCUAUCGCCGGGAUGAGGAGUCCAGCUACAAGCACGAGUGUGCCGGAGUGAUCAUCUCGGAGCAGGCACUGCUCACCAGUGCCCAGUGUCUUCAUGGCCUACCGGAGGGCACUAAACUCAUGGCUGUGGCUGGUGCAAAUACCCGCAAUGGCACCGAUGGCUUCAUUUACCCCGUCUCCAAUUGGACCCAUCAUCCGAGCUACGAUCCCCUCGUCGUUGACUAUGACAUUGGGGUCUUGUUCCUGGACACUCCCCUGAACCUCACCCACUUUGGCAUCAGCUCGAUUGGCAUCCGUCCGGAGCGACCGGCAGUGGGUCGACUGGCCACCGUAGCCGGAUGGGGAUAUCGCGAGGAAUGGGGACCCUCCAGUUACAAGCUGGAGCAGACCGAAGUGCCAGUGGUGAGCUCGGAGCAGUGCACCCAGAUCUACGGCACGGGUGAGGUCACCGAUCGCAUGAUCUGUGCCGGAUUCGUGACUCAAGGAGGCAGCGAUGCCUGUCAAGGCGACACCGGUGGCCCCCUGGUCAUCGACAAUCAACUGGUGGGUCUGGUGUCCUGGGGACGAGGCUGUGCCCGGCCCAACUACCCCACCGUCUACUGCUACGUGGCCAGUUUGGUGGAUUGGAUCGAAGAAACAAUCGCCGCUGCCGGAGCGCAAUAAACAUUUUCCGUUUCUAAUCUUCAAGUGGCCAACGCUCGGAUAGAGCUACCUAAUUCAAUAAUAAAAUCGUAAUCAAACAAACCCUA